UCAGAGUGGAAGGGUUGGGUUGCAGCAAUUUGCCGUUUUGUGCGGGUGCUCGCGCCCUCCGACAGGAGACAGGAGAAGCAUGGAAUGGUGCCUAUCGCGCCGCUCCCUCUCACCAAACGCCGAGCUCGUGCACAAGAUGUCUCGCUGCGGCACCAUCCGCAGCUCCGCCGUUGAGGCGGCCUUCCUAGCUGUCGAUCGGGCCCACUUCAUCUCCGACGACGCAGACGUCUCCUCGGGCGCGUAUGCCGACAUGCCGCUCCGCUGCUCUGGCGUCCACCUCUCGGCGCCCUCCAUCUACGCCGCCGCCCUCGAGGCGCUCGACCUCCGGCCAGGCCUCUCCUUCCUCAACAUCGGCUCCGGCGCCGGCUACCUCUCCGCCAUCGCGAGCCAAAUCCUCGGCUCCGAGGCGAUCCACCACGGCGUGGAGCACAACGCGUGGCUUGUGGAGCACGCGCGCUCGCGGCUGGCAAAGGUCGGUUGCUCGCAUGUCGAGCUCCACGCCGCGUCCGUGUUUAGCAUCGACCUCGCACGCUCUAUGCGGUACGCGCGCAUCUACAUCGGCGCGGGCGCGAGUGUCGGCACGACGGCGGGCGUGCUGGCGCUGCUCCAGGUGGGCGGCGUCCUGGUUGGCCCGCUCGGCUGGCCGGAUGGCUCUCAGCAACUCAUCCGGGCGACACGCACCUCCGAGUCGAGCUACGCAAUCUCCCCCGCCCUCGCCGUCCAGUUCACGCGCAUCGUCCAGCCGCCGCCGAAUGCGCCGCCGCCCGGGCGCAAGCGGACGCCGAAAAAGAAAGACGCGAGCCCGAGCUCUCUGACGCUGCGCCUUCCGCGCUGGGACGAGACGAGCCACCGCCGCUUCCCGCCUGCCCACAGGGCGGCGGUGCGCGCGGCGCGGAGCGCGGGCGUGCUCUCCUACCUGCCCAAGGAGGUCGUUGUGCUCCCGCUGCUGCGGUACGAUGCGUGGGCGGAGCAGCACUCGCCAGCCGGCGAGCACCAGGCGGGGGAGAGAGGGGGAGAGAGGGGGAGCAGCACUGGCGAGCACCGGGGGAAAUUCGCCGAGACUCGCCGAGAUUCGCCGAGAUUCGACGAGAUUCACCGGCGGGCACGAGGCGCGUGGGAGAAGUCGCUCGACUCUGCGACGCGGGCUCUGCUGGCGGCGACAGGCGGCGCCAUGGACGACGACGAGGAGGAGGAGGAGGACGACGAGGACGAGGACGAGGAGGACGAGGACGAGGGGGGCGUCGACUCGGAGAUGGGGGAGGCGGAGGAGGCGAGCUCGCCCUCGCCGGAAGAGGAGUGGCAUCUCGCGAGCUCGUCGUCGUCGGAAGAAGAAGAAGAAGAGGAGGAGGAGGGGGACGAGGACGGAGGCGGAGAGGAGCCGCCUCCCGAACCCGCGCCGCCCGCCCAGCCCCUUCCCCCCCCGCCCCGCGGACCAGCCGGCCUCGCCGACGGCAGCAGCGCCGCUGCGCGAGAGGGCGAGCCGGAGGGCGGCGGGGAGGGGCUGGGCGGCAUGCAGCGGAGCGGCUCCAUCUCCUCCCUCUUCCGGCUGCUCGCGCACGCCGGCUCGUCGCGCUGGCCGGCGGACGACUCGGCGCCCGCACAGGGCGCGGCGUUGGAAGUGGACGCGCCGCCGCCGCAGAGUGCCGCCGCCUCCUCGCGCGCCCACGCGGCCGCCCAAACGGAGCACGUGGCAAUCCGCCAACGCGCCCGCCUGUGGUGAUGGGCUGGCGCGCUGAGGCGUCUCUUCUCUCUCUUUCUCUGGCGGCCGUCGUCUCCAGUGCUGUGGCUGCGGGCUCAAACUGUGGCCAGACCCCCCCCCCUUCCCGCUGGCUUGGCGGCGUCAUCUUAGAACGGGCUGCGCUCCUCUCCUCUCGACGGAGCCGCCCUCUUGCAUAAGUGCAUGGGUGUGGUGCUGUACACCUCUAGUGCCGGGGACGGGGACCCUGGGGCGGGGACCCCCUGCCAUUCCCCGCACCGGUGUCUCGACCCCCCCCCCCCCUUCGCCCGCCCACUCGCGCAACCUCGCGCAAGCACGCGCGAGCCUUGCCCCACGGGCCACAAGUCGCUCCCGAAUCCCCAAGCUUGUACAGGCCCCGUGAAUUAGCAGAACAGUUGCCACUGUGCUCACACCAAGGGAGACCCCACCCGCUGUACUCUUUGUCUUGUCGAUUGUUAGAGAUAAAAAAUACAAACCUUA